AUGCCUCCAGGUGGAAGUACAACCUACCCUGCAUGCAGUGUCCACCUGGUUCACCUCACGAUUAAACAACCUGUCAAACUACCAAGCAGAUCACCACUUCCCCUCUUUUGGGCGACAUCAACGUCAUCUUCGUUGGACGGUCGCCAGAGUCGCGCACCACAGAGACCAUUCCGGUAUGCUAGCUUCCUGCCAGCAUUGUUGCCACUUAGUGGCGAUGGACAAGUUGUUACGGUAUCGCCCGUUCAAGCAGUUAACAUCAUCAUGAAGUCCUCGUCCAGAACACAGGGUCGGGUUACUGUCAGUGGAGAGGGCACCUAUAUAUAUUGUGUCUGUCAGGAGUCUUGGCACAUCCAUCCAUCCUCGGUCCAUAGGCUUCAUCUUCACCACUUACUGUAG